UUCAUGUAUGAAUUCAGUUAUUUUAAGCUUGUCAAUCGGAUCAAUAUGAAUUUAGCAGUAUUUUUGGUGUUUGGAUGCGCUGUUUUAACACAGGUGAUGGCUCAACCCAAUCCGGGAAAUCCGACUAGUGGCACAUCUAAAACUUUGGAGUUACCCAAACGAAAUAUUAGCGUGGCACACUAUCGACCCCGGGCACAAGAUUUUCUCACCAAUUUAGAUUCAAUUCCAACGGCAACAAAUUCAAUUCGUGUUAUUGAGCCAGUCAUUUGUUCUCGAAUGAGAGGAAAUGUAAAUGGAAAUUUAAAACUUGUGUACGAUCAUAUAUUUAGAGAGCUUAAAAGAUUUACUGGUGUAGUUAUAACGAGUACAUCGGCAAAUGUGCCAGACGCAAUAAAUGACGCUCAAACGGCCACCGAUACUGCCAUCAAAGGACUUUCAGAUCUUGCAAAGAAAUUCCUCACAGAGAUCAAUGAGAAAUGUGCGAAACUGACGUCGGUCGAUACAUUGAGCACCAUUAAUCAGAGCAUUGAAAAAUUUCGAGCCACUCAAUUGUCCAACUGCAUUAAAUUGGCCUCUAUUCCCGAUCGCUUUGAAAGUGUAAUGCAAAGUUAUUAUAAGCCAGUUGAGGAUAUUGUUGGCACCAAUUAAAAAGAUCGAUUUAUACAAAAUUCGAUAGAUUUCAUUUUUGUUUGUUUGCAAAUUACAAGAGAAUAUAAAUAAAUAAAUAUUAAAAAAUCUAA